UUGUGAUUUGUGUUUGUAAAUAAAAAAGAAUGCAAUAUGCCUGAUUUCCUUGCAGAAAAUAAUAUAUGUGGACAAACUGUUCUACAGCUUGUUUCAAGAGGAAAUGCUAUAGUUGCAGAACUUUUGAGGCUCAAGGAAUACAUUCCUAAAAUAUAUAAACUCGACACCAAACAAGAUGCACAGAAGUAUGGUGAUAUUAUAAUGGAUUUUAGUUAUUUUAAAGUUGCAGAAGCCCAGGAUCAAAAAAUUGAAAAUAAUGAAGCACUAAGUGACUUAGAUGAAGAGUUUAAAGAUAAUCAUAUCGAUAUUAUUAAAAGAUUUUAUUUAGUAUUUGAAAGUAUACAUACCUAUGUAAUGGACUUGAAUCAUUUCAUAGAGGAAGUUAAUGAAGGAAUUUAUAUUCAUCAAACACUAGAAACCAUAUUCAUCGAUAUGGAAGGAAAACAGUUAUUGUGCGAAGCUCUAUAUCUUUAUGGUCUAAUGUUGUUAAUGGUCGACACAUAUUUUGAUGGAAUUAUUCGAGAACGUAUAUUAGUUUCCUACUACCGCUACACUCCCCAAAGACGUGAUACGCAAAGUUGUAUUGAUGAAGUUUGUAAAUUGCUUCGUGAUACAGGUUGCAAUACUUCGAAGAAACCUAAUAAUUAUCCAGAAGAUUACUUCAAGAGAAUUCCAAUAAAUUUAACUUACAUAGAAUAUGUAAUUGGACGACUAAGAUCAGAUGAUGUCUAUGGUCAAAUAUCAGUAUAUCCUCUUCCAAAACAUAGAAGUGUUGCUCUAGCGAAUCAGGCAUCGAUGUUAUACAUUUGUUUAUAUUUCUCCACGAAUAUAUUACACUCCCAGACUGCCAUAAUGAGGGAGGUUGUAGAUAAAUAUUUUCCUGACAAUUGGGUAAUAUCAUUAUAUAUGGGUUAUACCGUGAACCUAGCAGAAGUCUGGGAGCCAUUUAAGGCUGCAAAGUUAGCCCUCAAUAAUACUCUUGAAUCUGUUAAUAUCAAGGAAUACGCUAGUAAUUACGGCGCCAGUGUUUCAGUCUUAUUAAAAGAAACUAGCCUAUUAUUGAAGGAAGGAAAUGUUACGGAUGAAACAUUAUUGAGAGAUAUCAACAAUAUUAUGAACACAUUGAGAGAAUGUAAUGUAACGGUGCGCUGGUUGAUGCUGCACACUGUUUUGAAACCUGGACAAAUUGAUAGAAACAAACGGUUAAAGCAGUUACGUGAAGUGGUGUUAGCUGAAUCAAAAUGCGAUCCAGUUUCAUUGUUUAAAUUGCUUCUAAAUACUGCCCAGUUGGAAUUGACUACCAAAGAUAUAUUUAGGAAAUUAUUAUCUGAAAAGGAAAAACAGUGGGAAGAACUGAAAAAUGAAAGCUAUAAUAGUCUGAUUGAAUUAUCGGAAGUGUUUAGUGGAACUAAGCCAUUAACGAGAAUCCCAAAAAAUGAAAAUUUGCGGCUAUGGUUUUUGGAAAUCUCCAAGCAAGUAGAGACUUUAAUUCAGGACGAUUCUGGAUCAUCGAGAAAAAUUGUGCAGUUGAUACAAGCACUAGAGGAAGUCCAGGAGUUCCAUCAGCUUAACUCCAACAUGCAAAUUGUACAGUUUCUCUCAGAAACGAGAAAAUAUUUACACCAAAUGAUAAGAAACAUGAACAUUAAAGAAGAUACUUUAAUUACGUUACAAAUUGUCGGCGACAUUAGCUAUGCUUGGGACUUGAUAGAUUCUUACACAAAUAUUAUGCAGUAUGGUAUAAAAAGGGAGCCUACUCUGGUCAUAAAACUAAGAGCGGUGUUUCUCAAGUUGGCAUCUGCUUUAGAAAUACCACUGCUGAGGAUAAAUCAGGCGCAUAGCGAAGACCUAGUGUCGGUUUCGCAGUAUUACAGCAGCGAAUUAGAAAUAUAUGUUAGAAAAGUUCUGCAAAUCAUUCCAAAUAUGAUGUUCGAUAAAUUAGCAAGAAUUAUAGAAAUGCAAACGUGCGUGUUAAAAGAACUUCCUACGAGGGUGGAAAAAGAUAAAUUGAAGGAUUAUGCUCAGCUGAACGAGAGAUUUGAAUUUGCUGAACUGACGCAUUCCAUUUCUGUUUUCAGUCAAGGUAUGAGAAUGAUGAAAAGUACGUUAGUGGGAGUAAUCUGUUUGGAUCCAAAGAAACUUCUUGAGGAUGGCAUUCGUAAAGAACUAGUUCAACAUAUAUCGAAAGCGCUGCAUAAAGAACUUACUUUUGGUCCUAAGCCAAAAGCAGAAGACUUAGAACAUAGACUGAAAUCAUUGGGACAUAUAAUGGAUGGCUACAAACGUUCUUUCGAGUACAUUCAGGAUUAUAUUAAUAUAAAUGGGUUAAAAAUAUGGCAAGAAGAAGUAACGCGUAUAAUAAACUAUAACGUGGAACAAGAAUGUAACGGCUUUCUUCGCAAUAAAAUUUAUGCGUGGCAAAGCGUUUAUCAAAGCAAAUAUGUCCCUAUACCGUUAUAUCCGCCAACAGAUAACAGCGUAAAUUUCAUUGGUAGACUGGCUAGGGAAGUAAUAAGAUUGACAGAUCCAAGAACUUCAGUGUAUCUAGAUCAGACGUCAAGUUGGUAUGACAUGAAGACCCACAAGUUGCUUUUGAAUAAAGAAACGAUAGCUUCUAUAACGUCAUCUAUAGAAGUAGCUGGUUUAGUGGGUUUGGAUAGGCUGUUUUCAUUUAUGAUAAUCACAGCCCUGCAAAAGUUGUCAGGUUAUUUGGAAAAUAAAAAUGUGAAACCGAAUACUUGGACUAACGUAAUGUCAUCCAUACAAAACGAAUUUAAACAAAUAGAAGAUGUAGAGAACCCACACAGGACGUACCAAGCCUUUAUAAACAGAAGUACAAAAAUAUGGCCAGAAUUUUUAGAAAACGCACUGCUGGUUGGUCAGUUACAGUUAAUUAGGAAUUUGAUUACGUUCCAUUUAAAUACAUCUUGUAGAUUUAACGCAAAAAAUUUAGAGUCAUCAUUAAGGUCAUUAAACAAGGCUUUGCUAAUGGAUAUAAGAAAUGAAAAAUAUAACCCAAGCGAAGCACUAAUGUCUUCUCUUUCAAAAUACUUUGAUUACACCGGGCUGAACGAACCUUACAACCAAGUGUACGUUACUUUGAGAAACAAUCCUAAUUAUGCCGUAACUUUGUUCAUAUUUGCCAUAGCGCAUUUACAAAAAAUCUUCUUACCCCAAAACACUGCAAACCUGCAAAGAAGGACCCAAGAACAGUUUGAUGGUACUGCGUUUUCAAUGGCUGUUCACACUAUAUUAAAGCAGUUGCAUAAGAAUUUAAAUAGAGAUUUUAUAAAGUAUGUUUCUAAUUAUAUUCUGCAACUUACAAAGUCUAAUAAUAGUGGAAAAGCUACAGACCUUCCACCGGAAGUUGUUCUUGCAAUAAAUUUUAUGGACAGUUACACCAAUUAUUGCGAGGAGACGCGGAUAUUCUAUAGGUCAAGCUUACCGGAAGAAAUUUUGUAUCUCCAAAAAUCAUUGAUCUCUUCGUUAGGAUGAAUUAAUUUUUAUUUUAUUCAAGUAAGUACGUAUCUAUAUUUGCAUUGUUAUUAAUUACUGUUACAAUUUAUAUUUUAAAUGUUUUUACCUGUAUUUUCUACUUACUGUAAAA